AUGGCAACUGUCAGCGUAACUCCUCACGAUGAACAAACAUUACCAGUCAAAAUGUACACGUGUAAUUGUGGAAAAGAAUUUCGUGAACAGAGAACAUUUGAACAGCAUCAGAGCAAUGAUUGUAAAAAUCAAAACGUAGAAUGUUCAUUUUGUCGUGAAUCAGUACCAACAACAGAUAUUCGUGAACAUUUGUUAACAUGUGGAAAUAAAACUAAAUUAUGUGAUAAAUGCAACAGAUAUAUUCUUCGUGGAAUAUUUAGUUACCAUUACGAAAAUGAUUGUCAAAAUCCGGAUGAUGAAAAUGAAGAAUCUGCACUGCCAUCCUCACGAGUCAUAGAAAAUCAAAGAUCUGAGAAUGACCAUCGUUCGACUGAUAAUCAAACACUACGUUCACAUAGACUCAUUAAUGAUCGACCACAGAGUUUGUCUUCGUCACAAAUACGACAAGAACAACGAUUAGUUGAUAAUCAUACAGAAAUGGAAUCAAGUGCUAUUAAUCGAACGUUUAACUCACAUUCGCAAACAGAUACGCCUGAUAACCUUGCUGGUAAUCAAACACUACGUUCACAUAGACUCGUUAAUGAUCGACCACAGAGCUUGUCUUCGGCACAAAUACGACAAGAACAACGGUUAUUUGAUAAUCAUACAGAAAUGGAAUUAAGUGCUGUUAAUCGAACGUUUAACUCACAUUCGCAAACAGAUACGCCUGAUAACCUUGCUGGUAUAUCGUCAAAUCGACAGCAACAACAAACUGCUGAUACGCAAAUUAAUGAUAUACACAACGAUAAUGAUCGAAGAAUUACGUGUGAAUACUGUCUCCAACCGUGUUCAUUCAAAGAUUACGAACAUCAUAAGAGACACUGCUUAAGAAAUUCGGACGCAAAUAUAAGGAAUCGAAAACCCACAGAUCAUACAGAUAGUAGACAAGAUGAGACUAAUAUUCCGUGCGAAUAUUGUGAGAAAUUAAUUAACAUAAAUGAACUUCAAGAUCAUACAACUGAAUGUGUCAUGAAUUUAAAUGAUAUUGUAAAUCGAUCUUCGCAUCAACAAUUUCGAACAACAAGAGAUUCAAGCCCAAGGAACGUAUCGACAUCAGCGAGUCGACAUCCGAUCUCACCACAAAAUCGUAGCACAGAUGAAUAUGCUUUACUAAAUUAUCUCCCUGCAUCCAAAAACAGACGUGAUCGAAUCGAUGUAACAGAUAACAGUUUAUCACUUUCAAACAGAAAUAGAACACAAUAUUCGAGUAGCGAGUUUGAUGGUACCAACGAAGCGAAUAAAUAUUCAAGUUUGACAACACCGACUACAGCGAUAACUACGCCAAACGUUGACAAUUAUCAUGAUUUUAGCAAUUCUCAGUACAGUUAUCGAUCACACAGCAUCCCGUUGAGAACACAUGAUAUAAAUGAGAAGUCUGUUUAUCGAUCAUACAAUUCUCGAAGUAUCUAUGACUUGUCACGAGAACGAGAAACUAGUGUAGACUCAUUUCGAUAUAGAACCUACAAUGCCACUUAUCCAACGUCUAACUAUAUUGGUGGUUAUAAUAGAUCUCUCUUAAAUCAAUCUCGAAAUAAUAACUAUCUAUCAAAUAAUUUUUUAAAUGAACGUUUGACAAAAAGUGCUUAUGAUAAACCGCUCACCACUAUCACACGUCGGCCCUUUAUGUCUGCAUAUGAUAAUAUACAUCCGAAAUUACCUUAUUCGUACGGCUACCAUUACACCAGACCUCUGACAACAACAACAGAUCGACACGCAUAUGAUUUACCAUCUCGUAGCUAUCAUGACUCGUACGAUAAUAUCAGACAUGUUCCAAGAAUAAACGAUAGAGUUCUGCCUAAUUAUCGUCUGUCAUCGCCCGUUCCACAAUAUGUCCCAAGAGAUUCCCUUUAUUAUUCAAUGAAAAGUAGAGAUCAAUCUGCUUACAUAAAUAAUGUCAGUAUAAUAGUGCCAAAUUUUAGUGUAUAA